UGCUUACCUGAACGUCUCAAAAAGAUGCGCAGCCAAGACUGAGGCAGAAGGAUGGGAAUAACGAAUGUCAAUGCGAUAUACUUUUAUACCCACGCCGCGCACGUACUUUUUUUGGGUGUAUCUUCGUGUUUCCUUGAUUGGUAUUCUUUGAAACAGAGGUGUGUGAAACCGUGAUGAUCGUUCCUAUAAGGAAACGCACGUGUCAGUCUAUUUAUGAUUAUGUGAGUGAGGACCGCUCCGACAAGGAAACGCAUGUGUCAGUCUAUUUAUGAUUAUGUGAGUGAGGACCGCUCCGACAAGGAAACGCAUGUGUCAGUCUAUUAUGAGAAGUUGGGUCAUCGACAUCAGGCUAUAUCCUUUUCUCCCGACCGCUAUUUUGCUCACCUGGAUUUUUAAAAUCCCAACUCUUUAAUUGUAAAAAUCUAACCUCAAUAUUGGUAGGCUACUCCUUGAAUACCCUUGACCGUUUCGGACUCUGCCUACUGAGGUGCAUCUCUCGCAUCAAUGGAUAUGCGUACACGGAUCUGGAGUAGUCCUUUGUUGGCAGUGCUGGCGUUGCUGCCCAUUUUCGUUGAACAUACUCAGUCCAAAGUCACCUGGGAAGUCCAAAGAUAUGACGGCUGGUACAACAACUUAGCCGAUCAUGACCGAGGCGCUGUGGGAUCCGCUCUGGUGCGUUUGCUGCCGGCGCGCUACUACGAUGGGGUUCUUCAGCCGCUGCAGGAACCUCAUCUACCCAACCCGCGACUGCUCAGUGAUGUGAUUGCCAAAGGUCGGUCCGGCCUGGCCUCCGCAAACAACCAGACCGUACUCAGUGUGUUUUUUGGCUACCAUGUAGUGUUUGAAAUUGUGGACUCCCGUCCUCCUGGCUGUCCUCCGGAGUUUAUGAACAUCCCCAUCCCGGAGGGAGACCCAAUCUUUGACCCCCAGCGCACUGGCCGGGUCCUUUUGCCCUUCCAGAGGGGGCCCUGGGACAAGCACUCCAGCCAGAGCCCAAAUUAUCCUCGCACACAGGUGAACCUGGUGACUGCAUGGCUAGAUGGCAGCUCCAUAUACGGCCCAUCCAACUCCUGGUGCGACACCCUGAGGAAUUUCACCGGAGGUCGCCUGGCCUCGGGGGAAGACAUGAACAUGCCCAGGAGGAGUGGAGGUAGUCACCUUAUGUGGAGCGCUGCUGACCCUUCCACUGGAGAACAUGGUUCUGAGGGACUCUACGAACUGGGCAACGCCUGGGGAAACGAGAACGUGUUCACGAUGGCCGAGGGUAUCGUGUGGUUCCGCUACCACAAUUACAUCGCCUCCCAGCUGCAUGAGAAAAACCCAUCGUGGUCGGACGAAGACCUGUUUCAAAAUGCCAGGAAGACUGUGGUCGCCACGUUCCAGAAUAUUGCGUUGUACGAAUGGUUGCCUGGACUCCUGGGGAAUAAGACGAUGCCUACAUACCCAGGCUACCAGAAGUUUGUGGAUCCGGGGAUCUCACCAGAAUUCCAUGCCGCUGCCGUCAGUAUUUUCUCCACAAUGGUGCCCCCUGGUGUCUAUAUGAGAAACAAAACUUGCCACUUUCGUAAUGUUGUCAACCUCAAUGGGAGCCUGUCUCCAGCAAUGAGGAUGUGCAACAGCUUUUGGAACCGUCAGAACUCCAAUCUGAAGACCAGCCAGGAUAUAGACGACCUAAUCAUGGGCAUGGCCUCCCAGAUAGCAGAAAGAUCUGACAACAUUGUUGUGGAGGACCUAAGAGAUUACAUGUACGGCCCCCUGAGGUUCUCCCGGUCUGACCUGGUUGCCCUGUCGGUACAAAGAGGCCGCGACUUUGGACUGCCUAGUUAUAACCAGGUCAGAACGGCCCUGGGCCUGCACGCUGUACAGAGGUGGGAAGACAUCAACACUCAGCUCAACUCCACUGAGUCACAGUUGCUCAUAGACCUAGCCAAACUGUAUGAUGGAGACAUCUCUAAACUGGAGCUGUUCCCUGGUGGUCUGCUGGAGUCCAUAAAUGGGCCCGGUGAAGUCUUCACUGCUAUGAUACUGGACCAGUUCGAACGCAUCAGGAACGGGGACCGCUUCUGGUUUGAGAAUACACAGAACGGGAGGUUCACCAGUGAAGAGGUCAUGGCCAUUCGGAACACAAGCUUUCACGACGUCAUCGUGGCCGCCACCAGUGCAGGGGCAGAGGGCAUACAGAGGACUGUCUUCUUCUGGAAGGACGGUGACCCGUGCCCACAACCCUCCCAGGUCGUGGCCUCUGAGCUCCACCCCUGCACCAACGCCACCAAGCUCAGCUACUUUGACAGUGGGAGCAAAGCUGGCUUCGGAAUCACGGUUAUCUGUCUGUUUCUCUUCCCUGUUGUGAGCUUCCUCAUGGCUCUUGUGGUGGCCUACUUCAGAAAAACCAAGUUUAGAAAGUUCCAGAAGAAAAACAGAAGAGCAGACAAAAUCACUGAGGAAGCUGUUGCCGGAAUAACAGCCUACGAGUGGCAGGGUCCUAGGAAAGCCCAGCGGCCCGUCAGCAUGCUGGUGGAUGACAGGCGGAGGCUGCAGGUGUUCGACCAGUCUGGCCUGGCCCUCCGCUCACUCAGCCUGGUGGCCCAGACACGCCUGGACGUCCUGCUGUCCAGCGACGGCUCCCACAGGGUCCUGCUGCUGAAAGUACCCAAAGACUAUGACCUGGUACUUUACUUUGAGGAUGAGCGCCAGCGCGGGGAUUUUGUUAAGCACCUGUCCUCUGAGCUGCCAGACGGUGGGCCGAGGCUGUCCAUGAGGGACAUGACAGAGAGCGAGCUGCUGGGAGAAGCUGUGACCCGAGAACAGAGGGCUGAGAUUGUAGAGACCUUCAUCAGGAGUGCCUUUGCCAAGGUCUUGGAGAUAGAGAAGAGUGAUGUCAGGGAUCUGAGUGACGUUUCGUGUAGGAAGACCCGGGGAGCCCUGGAAACUGAACUGACAGCAACUGAGUUUGCUGACGCUCUUGGACUCAAACCCGACUCCCUCUUUGUCGACUCCAUGUUCACUCUCGCCGACAAAGAUGGCAAUGGUUACCUCUCCUUCCAGGAGUUCCUCAAUGUCAUUGUCAUCUUUAUGAAAGGUUCACCAGAGGAAAAGUCUAAGCUGAUGUUUUCAAUGCAUGAUAUUGACGGCGAUGGUUUCUUAUCAAAAGAGGACUUCUCCAGACUACUUAGGUCGUUCAUGGAAAUUUCCAGCAGCCUCCUGUCUAAGAGCCAGGUAGAGGAGGCCAUCUCUGCCAUGCUGCAAGCCGCGGGCUUCGACGACAAGGACAACAUCACCUGGGAGGACUUCCACGUCCUCCUCCAGGACCACGAGAAGGAGCUGACAUUCGCCAAGCUCAACAUCAAAGGGAUAGAGAAGGAGAAGGGUAAAAGACUGAGUCGACACCAACGAGUUUCUUUCAUCAGCCAAGAUAGGAACAGGUCACGUUCAGAAGGGGACACCUGGUCCAGCGUCCCAGGGAUCGAAGGACAGGAGCUUCGCAGACGAACAGGAAAAGGGUUGGGGGUCCAAAGUCCUAAGGUCUAUGUGAAGCCUAGGAAGGAGCAUUACAACAGGAACCCCAUACAGCAGAAAAUCCAGCACUUUAAACGCUUUGUUGAGAACUACAGACGCCACAUUGUCUGCUUCAUUAUUGUUUAUGGCAUCACAGCUGGAGUGGCUCUGGAGAGAUGCUACCACUAUGGUUUACAGGCCGACUCCACGGGCCUGCCGGCCACAUCCGUGGUGGGUGUUUUGGUGUCCCGCGGCUCUGCGGCGGCCAUCUCCUUCCUGUACCCCUACAUGCUCCUGACGGUGUGCCGGAACCUCAUCACCCUGGGGAGGGAGACGUUCCUCAACAGAUACAUCCCCUUCGACGCCGCCAUAGACUUCCACCGCUUCAUGGCCAUGUCUGCCGUCCUGCUCUCAGUGGUCCAUUCGCUGGGUCAUGUGGUGAACGUCUACGUGUUUUCAGUGUGUGAUCUAAGCAUCCUGGCCUGCCUCUUCCCUAACGUCCUAUCCAACAAUGGGUCUGAGAUGCCAAUGAAAUGGUCCUGGUGGUUCUUCCAGACUGUUCCAGGAAUGACCGGCGUCCUGCUCCUUCUGGUCUUGUCAUUUAUGCACGUUUUCGCCUCACGCUACUUCAGACGAAUCAGCUUCCGAGGCUUCUGGUUGUCACACUACCUCUAUGUGCUCCUAUAUGUCUUGACAGUGAUCCACGGCAGCUUCCAACUGCUCCAGGCGCCAAGAUUUUACAUCUACCUGAUCCCCCCAGCGCUGCUCUUCCUCCUGGACAAACUCAUCAGCCUGAACAGGAAGAAGGUGGAGAUCCCUGUGGUCAAGGCUACGCUGCUGCCUUCAGGUGUGACAUUCCUGGAGUUCAAGCGCCCCCAGGGUUUUGUAUACCGCUCAGGCCAGUGGGUGAGGGUGGCGUGCCUGGCGCUUGGCACGGACGAGUAUCACCCGUUCACGCUGACGUCUGCGCCUCACCAGGAGACCCUCAGCCUGCACAUCCGUGCUGUCGGACCGUGGACCAGCCAACUCCGAGAGGCGUACGACCCCGAGCAACAGGAAACAUUUCCCAAGCUGUAUCUGGACGGGCCGUUUGGUGAGGGCCACCAGGAUUGGACCAACUUCGAGGUGUCCGUUCUGGUUGGCGGUGGGAUUGGAGUCACCCCUUUCGCAUCCAUCCUCAAGGACCUGGUCUUCAAGUCCUCUAUCAAGUGCAAGAUCCAGUGUAAAAAAGUGUACUUCAUCUGGGUGACACGUACACAGCGCCAGUUUGAGUGGGUGUCUGAAAUCAUCCGGGAGGUGGAGGAUCAGGACACCCUGGACCUGGUGUCAGUCCACAUCUACAUCACACAGCUCCCUGAGAAGUUUGACCUCCGAACCACUAUGCUGUACGUGUGUGAGCGUCACUUCCAAAAAGUGUGGAACCGGAGCCUAUUCACUGGCCUUCGUUCUGUCACUCACUUCGGCAGGCCGCCAUUUGUCUCCUUCUUCAACUCCCUGCAGGAGGUGCACCCUGAGGUUGAUAAGAUUGGAGUGUUCAGCUGUGGUCCUCCUGGUCUAACUAAGAAUGUGGAGAAGGCGUGUCAACAGAUGAACAAGAGAGACCAGACAAAUUUCCAACAUCACUAUGAGAACUUCUAACCACUGCUUGGAGAUCUCCCAUAAUGGAGCAAACUGCUGUUGCUACAUUCAUUUCUUUUACCUACAAAUGUAUGACAUCCCUUGUUUUCUUGAAGAAUGUGUUUAGUUUAACCGUUGUACCCAAUCAGAACCCCAGAUAUAAACUGGUUUUACAUUUACUUCAUUUACUUCAAGUAAAUGUUUGUUACAUUUACAUUUAAUCAAGUUAAUGUAACAAAUACAACAACAAAAAGACAGCUUCAAAACAGGGUUCAAACCCUCGUUAAGAGGGAUGGGGGAUGUUUGGUUGAAGUGUCACAUACUGGACUGGGAAAUACUAUACACACAACACUUGCUACUGUGAAGAAUUACAUCGUGGGGCACACCAAGUUUUUUUGAUUUUACUUCUUGUAUAUCUGAAUGUAACUGGAUGUACAGAUGCUACUACUUUAUAAAGGUCUCUUUCUAAUGUACAACGAAUGUUAUUUAAAAAAAAAAUUAAUAAAUGAAAUAAUUUGUCUC